AGAAAUCAGAAUCAGAGGGGGAAGAGAGAGAAUUAGGGAUGAUGGGCAGCUGGGGGAGCAGAGAAGAUGAUGGAGGAGAAGGGAAGGGUUGGUUGUGGAAGCUUCCAGUCCUCAAAUCGCAGCAACUAGGGAAGGUGGGCCCCGCCUUUGGCCUCGGCGUUGGCUGCGGCGUGGGCUUCGGCAUCGGCCUACUCGGCGGCGCAGGAUUUGGUCCUGGGAUUCCUGGCUUGCAAGUUGGCUUUGGCCUUGGUGCUGGAUGCGGGGUCGGCUUAGGAUUCGGCUACGGUGUUGGAAAGGGCAAUGCCUACGAUGACCAUCGCAGGUACUCUAAUAUUGGCAACCUUUUUCCUGGUGGAAAUGUCGGCAUUUCGUCUGCUUCUCGAAAUCUUCCUACUCAGGAUGAUAUUGGUGCACUUGUUGAGGAGCUUGUUGAUAAUACGAAGAAACUUGUCAGAGCUACUGCAAGAGAGAUGGACAAAUGGAGAAGAUGAGUUUUCUUUUCUGAGUUCUCAUUGUAGAUUUAAAAUGAUUAUGGUUUAUAAUAUACAUGCUAAGUUAUAACAUAUGCAUGUUUGGGAAAUGGGGAGUACUAAGACUUGUAGUGUGCAUCUCCAUCGUCAAGGUAUACCUAUGCUUAUGAUUCUGUUGAACGCCAUUGGAAGAAAGCACUUGUGAAUUGCAUUACUUGUGUCUAUGGGAUCCAUGGAGCUUUAUAGUUUGUACUUCUCUAGAAGUCUUGUUUCAUGAGUUGCCUUGUGUCUUUUAUGUACGAUAUAGAAUUUUUGAACUUAUGGUAAAGAAAGUUUUAAAUCUUUAUUAAUGGGCCUACAAAGAUUGGCAAUUGUCGCUACAGUACUAAUUUGUAUUCAGGUUUUAUGCUUCUGAUUA